UCACAUGAUAUUAUUAUAUUUAGAUUCGCACAUAUUUCCGUCACAUUUGUAAAUGUUAUGAUAUGUAAAGAAUGACAGACACUGCAUUACCAGGAACUUUCACAAAUCUCAACGGCGUGAAUUUUACAGGGAAUGCUGGAAACUUCUUCAAUCAAAAUACACGAAGUGACACAGAUAGUAGGACUUCAACAUUUAACAAUUCUCAAAACUCCAGAAAAGGACCUAAAUAUCCACAAUACUCCAUAACAUGUAUCAGAUUGUCAACAUUUCAAACAUGGCCAACCAGUAUUCAACAACACCCAGAAACUAUGGCAGAGGCUGGUUUUUAUUAUACAGGUAACAAUGACCAUGUACGAUGUUUUCACUGUGGUAUAGGACUACAGAACUGGGACUCUGAAGAUAAUCCUUUUGUAGAACAUGCUAGGUGGUCUUCAGAAUGUCAGUUUCUCAAAGACAAGAAGGGUUUAGACUUCAUUGCUACUGUACAAGAUGCUGUCAAGAGAGUACAAAUGGAGGAGGCACUGAACACAGAUGGUGUAGCAGAGACUAUUGAGAGUGACUGUGAAGAAGAUGGAAAUUCAAGAUCAGAGGAUAGAGGCAGAGAUGUCUUACCUAGUGGUAAACCUCCUUCAAAAGCUGAGAAAAAGAACCCGCUGUUAACAGACGCUGCUCAGAGCAUAUUAACAAUGGGAUAUUUACCUAAGGUUAUCAGGAUCGUUGUGGACAGAGUUCUUAAAGAGAAAGGUUGGGCUAGCAUGUCAUCUCGAAGAUUAAUGGAAGAAAUAUACAAAAUAGAGGACAGUGGGGAAAUACCAAGAUCCGAAUUAUCUGUACCAAUGAAUUCAAAGUUUAAACAUUCAUUAGUAAGCAUAAAAAAGGGUUCAAAAGUUGUUCCAAGAGUUGAAGUAAAGAAGAUAUCACAAGAAAAUCAAGAAAUGAAAGAACAGACACAGUGCAAGAUUUGCUGUGAAAUGCCUGUUUCUAUUGUGUUUUUGCCCUGUGGUCAUAUAUCGUCUUGUUCCCAAUGUGCCCCAGCCUUGAAAUCUUGUCCUGUAUGCAGGUCAGAAAUCAAAGGUUCUGUCAAAGUUCAGUUCAAAUAACCAAGUCAUGUAGUAGCUUAUCUGCCAUUGGUGUUUCUUUUUUAAUCUUCUGAAAAUAUAUAUUAUAUACAGGACUAUUGUGUAUUUACAUAUUUUGGCAAAACGUCAAAACACAAUAUACACUAGAAUACAAGUUUUCCCAAAUCCAUGAAAUUUGGUAAAUAAAUGAAUAGGCAGUAUUUGUUGCUUUGUAUGCUUAUUAUACACAAUAUUAAUAUUUUUAUGUCAUUGCUGAAUUUACUGGACAUCACAGACAUUUUAAUUGACAGAAAAGAAAACAGUGCAGGGAGGAAGGAAUACAAAUUUAAGUGUAGGGAUGAAUUUAAUUGGUUGAAUUGUUCCAAAGAUUUUCGAAGCUUUUAUGGACAAGAAAUUUACAGCUAUGUAUGGAAGAAUAUUUCAAGUCUGAACCUUACUGUUUGAAAGCUAUUGUGAAGACUUAUUAUCUCCCCUUGAUUGUUGUUAUACUCGUAUGUUUUAAUAAUAUAUAGAACGAGUACAAUUUCUUGAUAAUAAAUAUUACACAUUUAUUUUCAAUUACUGAAUUGUGAUGUUUUAAGAAACAAUAUAAAGACAAAGGACCAGUUUAGAUCUAGAACGAUCCUGAGUUAAUGAUAUGUAUAAUAUAUCAUGUAUAUAGUGGCACAUAACAAAUGUCAUUGCAUCAGUUAUACUAUUAACAUCAUCAUAUUUGUUAUUAAAUCAUAUUUUUUAUUAGAUCAUAUCUAUUUUUAUCAUCAAUAAGUAGUAGAUACAUUUCAAUUAUUUGAUGAAAAUUGAACAUCUGAUUAGUCCACCAUGAGAAUAUUAUUAUUGUUGACCUACAUGUAUAAUGUAAGUUGUUACCCAACAACUAUUUUAAAACUUGAAAUACUUAUUUUCUUAAUAUUUUGUGUAAAUUUAGUGAGUUAUUUCCAUUCUUUACAAUUUGUUUCUCCUGUAUACGGGAGUGAAAAAUGUAUAUGAAUGUAAUUUGUUAUGUGUUCAAGUUGAAACUUGUAUGAGAAACAUUUUGAUUUAGUUAUUUCCUGAUCACAAUCUCAAAGUUGUUAUCUCUCCAAUAUCAUUUGAACUCUAUUAAUAUUUUUGUCAAAGUUUGAGUAUAUACAAUAAAAUGCCCAAUAUAAGAGGGGUAUGAACCCCUUUCAAGUAAAUAAUAUUCCCAUCCAAACCAAAUUUUUUAAUGAUAAAAUUGAGAAUGGAAAUGGGGAAUGUGUCAAAGAGACAACAACCCGACCAUAGAGCAGACAACAGCCGAGUCUGCAUUUGCAUGCAGAUACUUGCAGACCAGGAGACGCUCACACUGUUAAUGCACUUGUUCAUACAUCAAUUAGGAGUUAAUGGGAUUCGCUCAGGUCUUAACUUUUGAUUUGCCAUAUGUUUAUUCCAAAUAUGUUUUAAGAGUUUAGAAGAUCAAUAAACUUGUGUUGCCUUGAUUUUACAUACCAUAUGUCUAUGAUAUAUUAUAGUGAACAUAAUUUUUAUCUGCACAGACAGUUUGCUUUUCACUUUAUACCUAAUUUCCAAAAUUGUAAAUCUUGUAUAUAUAUUGUAUUGAUUCUGAAUUGUAGUAUUUAGCCUAUGGUAGUUUACUUAUUACUUUUAUAUUUUAAAAGAAACAUUAAUGGCAGAUAAAAAGUGAAAAAAUAUGGGAUGCCCAUAUUACUCACAACAUGUAUCAGCUAACUUUUGGAUGUGUUGAGAAAUUUGGAAAUGAUGCUUUAUGAUCAUGGGUUUCUCAUCACUCCCAGUUAACUGCUACAAGCUAUCACCGAUGUGUUCAUGUCAUUACUAGUCUUUCAAUGCCUUUGGCAGAAUGGCCUGAAGUUUUACUUUUUUGUUGUUUGUGGUUUUUUUACACAAGUUUUUGUUUACAUUUGUUUAACUUACUUUUACAUAAGUUAUCGAAUUAAGUAUGAAACGGGUAUCAUAUAUAAAUACGUUAUAGUCAAGAUUAUAUUUUUGUUUAUUAUUUUAUGAGUUGGAUAGAAAAGGCCAAUAUUUAUAAGACAAGAAAUAUGCCUCUCCUAUUUUUUUUUAUAUAAAAUGAAGUGUCCUUAAAGUAAGUUCCUUAUUGUACUCAAAAGGUUUAUGAUAUGUAGAUGUCUGUGAGGACAUACAAAGAUGUAAUACCUAACAAUUUUGGUGGCAGUUGUCAAUAUCCUUCAGCCAAAGUUCUUAAACGGUAUUAUAGAUUUGACAUCUAUAAUAAUACUGUAUAGACAAACUAAAAUAGGGCAUCUCUGAUGAAGGUUCCCUGAGAAAACACUAUGUUUUCCGAAUACCUGAAACAUUGAUAUCUACCUAUCGAGUGGUUUAUUAUCGAUGUAAGUGGUAAUAUUGAUUGAUUGAUUGUUGGUUGCUUAAAAUAAAGGGUCAGAUAUUUCAUGCAUUUCUAGGAAAUUCAAGAUUAUAAAAAUGUACAAUAUGGGGCAAAAAUUAAAGGUAAGAAAUAUAGUCAAAGCUUUGUGUACAAAAUAUUGUCAUACUGUUAUGUAUAAGAUAAAUUCUUCUAAUCAUAUUCUGGUCCAAACAUAAAAUGCUAGGUAUGAUCAGUAGAAAAUAAGGCAGGAUUUCUUCAAAAAUUUCCCUAAAAAGUGUUCUAACCAAAAUUAACAAAAUGUGGUGAAAAGUUAAAAGUACAAAUAUAGACCAAAUGUAAUCUACAGAUGUGUACAAAGUACAAAAUAUGGUCAUAAUGUAAUGAACAAAAACAAAAGUUGUUUUAAUUCUUCAUAACAUUAAAUAUGGUCAAAAUCUAGUGUGCAAUGUAAGGUAAAAUGAUCGAGUACAAAAUGUGGUCAAAUCUUAUUUCGAAAAAUGUGAUCAAAUAGUAGCAUACAAAUAUGUUCAAUGUUAAGGCAUAAAUAUGGUCAGAAUUUAAUUUAAAAAUGUCAAAAACAUCUGUCAUUUCCUAAUUUAUUGAGUAAACAACAUGUAAUGCACAAACUUGUUUUUUAAAUUGUCAUAAAUUAUGCAGAAAAGGUUCUGACAUGAAUACACACAUAGCUACUACAUGUUUUGGUUAUCACAGAAAAAUGUUUAUUUCAGGAUUACACAUUUUGUAUAUCGGGAAAGUUGUAAGUAUUUAUGCUUAGCCAAGAAACAUUCACUGGGUGUCCUUGUUGUAUCUUUACACAACACCAAGGCUAUGUUUUAUGCUUUUGCGACUACAUUUUGUUGCUGUGUUACAAACACAUACAUUUGUUUUGUAUAUGUGCUUGUAGAAUAAAGCACAAGAGAGUGUUCCGCAUAAUGUAAGAACACUAUGGAUUUAGUUCAGUGAUACAUUAUUGCAUAAGGCACUUGAUUUUUUCUUUGAAAUGAUGAGUCUUUCGGAUGACAGGCAGCUUAUUUUUAUUCGUUAGUUAUGUUAAUAAACGUUUUUCGUGAUUUAAAGAA